AUGAGUCGACGAGCUCCGAUCGAAGCACAGAGUGUUGAUGCACCGCUAACAUCAUCUGCCACCUUCCUGGUGCUUUCUGUCACCGAUGCUCCGAAUGCGGUUUCAAAGGUCCGUUCGGCUCUAGCGAGCAUUGCGGAUUUGACCAAGAAUGUUGCAAUUCGAGAUCUGAACGCUCAGUUCGCUGCGACUGUUGGAAUUGGGAGUGAUGCCUGGGAUCGGGUGACUGGUCUUCCUAGACCCGCUGAACUGCAUCCAUUUCGCGAAUUCAAGGGCUCCAAGCACACGGCUGUCGCAACUCCUGGGGACUUGCUCUUUCACAUUCGAGCGAACCGUCGAGACUUGUGCUUUGAGUUCGAACGGCAGCUGAUGGACCUACUUGGAGAUUCUGUCAAAGUGAUCGAUGAGACCGUGGGCUUCAGAUACUUUGAUGCACGUGAUCUGCUCGGCUUCGUGGAUGGCACGGCGAAUCCGGUCGGAAACGCGGUGAAUGAUGCAGUUGUCAUCGCCGAAGAAGACUCAUCGGGCGUCGGGGGAAGCUACGUUGUGAUUCAGAAAUACCUGCACAAUCUGCAAGGCUGGAAAGGUCUGAAGACCGAGCAACAGGAAGCAAUAAUCGGACGGACAAAGAGCGAUAAUAUCGAGCUCGAUGACGCGGACGGCGACAAACAAAAGGCGCACAAGCAGCUCGCAACUAUCGAGGACGAAAACGGCGAUGAGCAGGACAUCUUGCGCGAUAACAUGCCCUUUGGUUCACCAGGGGCGGGAGAGUACGGCACCUAUUUUAUCGGGUAUUCUAGAAAGCUGUGGGUAAUUGAAAAAAUGCUGGAGAAGAUGUUUGUCGGUGACCCUCCAGGUCUUCACGAUCGCAUUCUGGAUUACUCGACUCCUCUGACCGGGACGACUUUUUUUGUGCCGUCUGCGAGUGUGCUAGAUAGUUUUGGUGAUUGA